GCCUUGAACAACCUCGUGUCCCGAUGUUAUAUUGAGUUUACUGCUGAAGUGGGUAGAUGAAUCUGGUUCCAUUGUAAAUACAAUGUGAAUCCCAAAGUGUAUUUAAUGGCUGCAAGACAUUUUGCUUGGAGUAUCCCGCUAGCUAAAGCCUAAAUGUAGUUCUGUGUCAUACUUUCCUUACACUGAUUGAGAAUGAUUGUCUACUUUAAUUCUAUGUCUGGUGUGUGCAGGGCAUGCGCUGAUUGCUAGGCAACUCUGCCAAUUGAAAGAAGUUCCUCAGAGAUUACUCUUGGCAUCUGAUUUUAUUGGAAAUGAAGAUAAAGAAUGCCAAUGAUGGUGCUAUGACAAACUUUGAGGUUCUGAGCUUCUUACAGUCUAGAGGGGCUUCGAAGGAAGUUGCUGCAACAGUUGCCCCGUCAGAAUACAAGGUCUUCCAAUACUUGGUUGACACAGCUGCCAACAAACAAACAAAAGAGAGUGUUUCUGACCUUUUGGGAAAGGUGAAAAAGUAUGACCUUGCAAAAGCGGAGGUGCUUAACAUUAUCAACCUUAGUCCGACUUUGCCUGUUGGUAUUUAUACGAUUGUUGAGAAAUGCGAUGCCCGAUUGGGAGAAGAUGGAGCCCAAGAACUCGCAGACAUAGUGGCUGAGGUAUCGCCACCUCCAGAGCAACCACGGUCCGAAGAGGGUCUUCCUCAGGCAAAUGAUGUUUGAUGCGUGAGAGGACCGUGAAGAUGCACGAUGUUGAUCACCUAAAAUUUUCGCCCAAAAGGCCUUACUGCAUUUUUAGGAAAAUCAGGAGCAGAAUUCGUUCAAAGUAGGAGCACAAUUCAUUGAUAUCAGUAGAUAUUCUACCCUGACGAAAAAAUCGACAUGUACAUUUCAUUUGGGGCCGUGUUGAACCUAACUUUUGCAUAGUACUGCCAUUAACUCUCUCUCUCUUUUUUGUUUCCUUGGUUUUUGGGGAUUGCAUUGGCAUUUUAGUCUUCGCAUUGUCAAACUUAGAAUAAGGUUCGUUACCCUUUUAAAGUAUAUAAUCGCAGUUGCAUGCUC